CAAGACGACAGCAUAUCUACUACGUCAUGUGAUCCAUUACACACCCAAGGAGGUCCAGUCACGCGAGCUAGAGCUAAGAAGAUGCAUGAAGCUUUAAAUGGCCUUAUUGAGCAAAUCUGGAUUGAAAACAACAUAAAAUAAGCAAAUCGAAGCUUGGAUGAUUAUCAAGGUUUCGUCACAAGUUGGCGUAGUUCAUAUUAGUUUGGUAUCAAAGCAUAGGUUCUAAAUCAGGUUUAGGCAUGGGAAUUGGAAUAGAGAAGUUAGGAAUCAGGAGGACAAUAGUUUGGGCAGCAUCAAGAUGAAGAUUCCACCAUUCCAAGGAAAAGCAGAUCCGAAAGCCUAUCUUGAGUGGGAAAGGAAUGUGGAGUUGGUCUUCAAUUGCCACAAUUAUUUUGAGCAACAUGCAAUUGAAACAUGGGAAGAGAUGGAGAAAGCCAUGAUUAGAGCUAAUGUAGAAGAAGACCGAGAGGUAACCAUGGCGAGAUUCUUGCAAGGAUUGAAUCCAAACAUCCAUGAUCAAGUGGAGAUGCAACAUUAUGUGGAGCUAGAAGACAUGGUGCACAUGGCCAUCAUUGUAAAGCGACAGCUUAAGAGAAGGGGAGGUACAGAUGUUGGCCUUGGAAACCAAUGCUUUAAAUGUCAAAGCAGGAGUCACAUAGCGAGUCAAUGUCCAAAAAAGUGGGUUAUGGUGUUGCGAGACAGUGGUGAAAUUGUGACCAAAGACAAAGAUUCUGACACUGAUGCAAUGCCACCAUUGGAGGAUGCCUAUGAGGAAGAGUUUUCUGUACAUGGAGAUUUGUUGGUGGCGAGGAGGGCUUUAAAGUGUGCAAGAAAAGGACAUGGAUGGAGUGCAACAAGAGAACACCUUUCACACACAACCAUGGUGGGAAAAUUAGGAUUGCCCACACUGAGACACCCUGCUCCGUAUAAGUUGCAAUGGUUGAAUGAUAGCGGCGAUGAUGGGAAUCAAGAUGACCCCACAUGUACCACGUCAAGAGAUCCAUUACACAUUCCAGGAGGUGAGGUAAAGGUAAACAAACAAGUUUUAGUUGCAUUUCGGAUCGAAAAAUACGAAGAUGAGCACUUGAAAGGUCAACACAAAUUGAACAAGAGGCAUACGCAUACACAUACGCAAUGGAUGGAGUUCAUCGAGAUGUUUCCAUAUGUCAUCCAAUACAACCAAGGUAACGAGAAUGUGGUUGCUAAUGCACUUCUCGCAGCCGGUAAGUUUUAUAGGCAUGAUGAUUUCUUGUUUCAGGAAAAUAAGUUAUGUGUGCCAAAUUGUUCUUUGCAUGAUUUGCUAGUUAGGGAAUCCCAUAGCGGAGGGUUAAUGGGACAUUUUGGGGUUGCUAAGACCUUAGCUAUUUUGCAGGAACACUUCUUUUGGCCACAUAUGAAAAGAGAUGUUGAGAGGAUUUGUGGUAGAUGUGUCACGUGUAGGCAAGCAAAAUCCCGAGUGCAACCCCAUGGACUAGAGAUUCAACUCUUUGUGGUUGUGGAUAGGUUCUCUAAGAUGGCACAUUUUAUCCCAAGUCAUAAAAUGGAUGAUGCUUCACAUAUUGUUGAUUUGUUCUUUAGGGAGAUUGUGAGAUUACAUGGUAUGCCUAGAACAACUGUUUCAGGUCGAGAUGCUAAGUUUUUGAACUACUUUUGGAAGAUUUUGUGGAGUAAGCUAGGUGAGUACAAUGUUAGUGCCACUUUUAAUGUUGCUGAUUUGAGUCCUUUUGAUGCAGUAGAUGAUUUGAGGACAAAUCCUUUUCAAGAGGAGGGGAAUGAUAUAAAUCGAGGUUUGACUUUAAAGGAUUCAAUUCAAGUUCCCGUUGGACCAGUUACAAGGGCUCGAGCUAAAAAGUUCAAGGAAGCACUUAAUAGGCUGAUUCGAGAAAUAUGGACUCAAGCAAAUUCGUGGAGGCCCAUUGAGGGAAGUCCAUGUUGUGAUGGGAAUCAAGACGACAGCAUAUCUACCACGUCAUGUGAUCCAUUACACACCCAAGGAGGUCCAGUCACGCGAGCUAGAGCUAAGAAGAUGCGUGAAGUUUUAAAAGGCCUUAUUAAGCAGAUCUGGGUUGAAAACAACAUACAACAAGCAAAUCGAAGCUUGGAUGAUUAUCAAGGCAUGAUAAACAUCAUUCAGGUUCAAGAGAAGCUUAAUUGAGGUCAUUUAUGCUAAAUUACACAGUUUGCGUCAAUCUCACAAUUCUGUUGCAAUUUGUAACAAACUGAUAUUUCAUGUUACUUUAGGCUACUUUUAGUGAUUUUCACGUUUUUUAUAUUAUUUUGGGCUGAACAUUCAUUUAUUUAAGGCCCAAUUCAUGGUUAUUAUGAUUAGGGCUUAGGGUGUUAGUUUCCUAUUCUGAUUAGAAUUACUUUUCCCUAUUUAAAGAGGCUUGUAACCCUAAUUGAGGGAGGCUAUUGAAUCUGAGAUUUUG